CGUAACCAACGCAAUUCCCCAAACUCAAAAACCUCCAAAAACUUAGCUAUGGCGGACACCACCACAACAAUCUCCGGUGACUCAAUUCCGAUUCCCGAUAAACAGCAAAGCAAACCGAUGAACCCACUUAUCUCAUUUAUCUCUAGUGUUCUUCAGCUCUUCAAACCGCCGCCAUCGCCACCCAGUAAGAAGAUUGAACCCACCGCCGCUACUUCAGACCCCAAACCAAUUGUUUCAGCUGAAGAAGAGGAAAAACCUGCUGUAGUGAAGUUUCCACGACAGGAUUUGCCUUCUUUGAAACUCGAAUCAGAAGGGGAAGAACCCAAUACAAACCCAAUCGUCUUGUGGCAGGUAUAUGCUAUCGGAGGGUUCUUUGUUUUAAGGUGGGCAUGGUCAAGAUGGAAUGAGCGUCGUGGAAAUAGGAAGCCAUCCGAUGAAGAACCUCCUCCCGGUCAAGAGUAGACUUUGACAUUUGUACUGCAACAUGUUAGACGAGAGAAAAAGAAGCAUGACACUUGUGGAGACAGGUUUAUGACUUUUAUGUAAGUCUUGUAAAGUGUUGAAGUCACAGUUCUGGUUUUACAAUACUAAAAGUAAUAACCCGAAUCAAGAUUUAAGUCAAUUGGCCGUUCAGCAUUAUUUUGUACAACCUGUGUUUCGGCCGUUCUUGAUAAUUCUUGCUAAAGCAAGUGGAUGUGUGCGUUGAGUUAUUGCAAGCUCAUAUAUUCAUCCAACUUGAUAAGUAUUUUUUUUUAAAAGAUGGUACUCUUGAGCACAUGAUAUUGGGAGAGUGGAAAGCUAAUUCUCAUCA